AAAAGCUGCUCGCAGUAACUAAUUAUUACUGCUCCCGUUUAGUAUGUUAUAAGUACAUAUUUAACGAAAGGUCAACCACAACCCUAGGAGAUCCAGAGUACGUCUCGUCGCCCAUAUCCUCCAGUUGUUGGAUAUCCUAUGGCAGCCACGCACAAUACAUCGGCCGUGGACGGCUAUUCAGUGCGAACCGGAAUGGGCAGUGAGCACUUCGCCGGGGUCAUUAACAGUCUGCGUACCGGUGGAGUGUUGUGCGAUGUGAUCUUAAAAGGGCAAGAAGAAUCAUCGGCCGCGAUUCCUUGCCACCGUUUCAUCCUCAGCGCUCACAGUACCUUCUUCCGUACCAUGUUUACCAUCGGAUUGAGGGAAUGCCAUGAGGAAGUAGUUCCACUACCGGAAGUAUCAGCUCCCAUUUUACAGUCUAUAAUUGACUACAUCUAUGCUACCGACAUCAGCAUCGACGAGGAUAAUGCCCUAUCCCUUCUUGCCGCAGCACACUUCCUGGAUAUUGCUCCGUUAGUCAGCACAUGUUGGGAUUUUCUGGAGCGCACUCUGGAUGACAAAAACUGCCUGGAGCGGUACUGCUUCCCUCUGUGCGAAAUAUAUAAACCCGAUCUAAUGAAACAAGCCAAAGCCAUGGUUCUGCGACAUUUUAUGGAGGCUUCCUCUAACCCUGACUUUUUAGAAUUAAGCACUGAUAAAUUAGUGGAACUGAUUAGUGCCGACGACUUGUGCGUCGAGCAUGAGGAGGACGUGUUAAGUAUCGUUGUUCGAUGGUUUAAUCAUGACCUCGAGGAACGGCGACCCCAAAUGUACGCAAUUCUGCAGUGCAUUCGUCAGCCGUUUCUAAAUAGGGCAUUCCAACAAAAUUAUUUCCUGCCUCUGCUGGAGACUGUUAAAAACCGUCCUGCUGGAGAAGGAGCAGGUUCUUCGACUUCUCAAUUAAAUCCAGGAACUGAGAGAACCGAAGAAGUUGCUGCAUGUUUAAAUCAUCCACGGAAAUUAUUCGGAACAACAACCGUGAUUUGCUUGAUUGGAGGAAAAGGAGACAACCUGAACGAUACAAACUGCGUGGAGUACUUCGAUCCAUUAAAAAAGUCGUGGAAUAGCUGGAAGAGCGCGGUAUUCGUCAACGUCGCCGACAACGGUGUGGUCAACGUGGACGACAAGUACGUCUUCCUCAGUGGCGGCUACAUGAACAACGAGUUCUGGCUGCACGCCAAUGUGCGAUACGAUCCCUACGCUGACCAGUUUGAGCCAAUGGGACGCAUGCAGACGCCGCGCGCGUGUCACGGGGCAGCGUAUCUGAACGGUUACAUUUACGCCAUUGGUGGAUAUGUUGACACGCAUGGAUAUCAAGCGAGCAUGGAACGCUACGACUACCGAUUACACUACCCUCCGUUUCACAGUGAAUGGCAGUUUGUGGCCAGCCUCCCGACGGCGCUAGCCAACUUCGCUACGGUGGUGUCUAAUGGGCGGAUUUAUGUGUUUGGCGGACGGACGUUUAGUGAUACAGCCACCGAUACCGCGCUGUCUUACGAUCCCAAGAAUGAUGCGUGGAGGGAAUUAGGGAAGAUGCCGACAGCACGGUACUCGUGCUCAGCAUGCGUCGGACCAAGUGGUUUAAUUUACGUAAUCGGUGGAUUCUUUUGUGGAGGACCUAAUCAAGGGCAGAGUUUGUCCUGCGUUGAAGCAUACGAUACCAAGACCGAUCAGUGGUUGACAAAAAGCGGUAUGAUAAAAAAACGGCAAAGUACCGGAGCGGCUUGCGUGGGCAAUAAAAUUUACGUCUUGGGUGGAUAUGAUAAAGGCGACCUGAAUUCUGUUGAAUAUUACGACGAAGCGUCCGAUACGUGGACGGUUUCCGACACCCAGUUACCUACAGCCCGCUCGGGGUUUGCAUGCGUGACCUUUCGCAUGAAGAACUUGAACAGCUUAGAAGCGGGAAAAAAACCAAAUGGCACGGCGUGAUGGAAUUUAUAAUAGAACUUGCUACGCUCGGGUCGUAAACAGAUCUGUAUUAGAUAAAUCGUUCAAACUUUUCCGCUACAUAAAAAAUUUGAACAAGUUGUAAAAGUAUUGAAAAAUCAUAAAUUUGUACGCUUUUUGGAAUAUAAGGUGCGACUGGGCAACGUACCUAAACUUUGCAGGUUAACAAAUAUUAUAGUUGACAAAGUGGUUAAUGUUGAAAAAUCGAAGAAACAAUUAUUUUUUAAUUAUCUGCCUUUACCAUCACAAAUCGCUUAUUACUUUGUAAUUUGUAAUAAUGAAAACACAUAAUUAUAUCAAUGAUGGCGCUGCUUACAUUAGUUAUAGUAAGCUGCUGAUCAGCGGUCAGUCUCUGGUCUCUCUACCGUAGACGAUAUUAGUGUUGAAUAUCUUCUCAUUCCUGCACGCUCCGUUUUAAAGUAUUUUGAUUCAUAUCGCAACCUUCUGGCUUUCUUGUGUGCUGUGUGGCAUGUCACCGGAAACACAACUUCACGAGUAAAACUCAGCUGUAAAAGUGUGUAAAAAGAAGCGCUGGAGCUGUACGUACACUGGUGAAGCAACAUGCAUUAUCUGCGCGUUAUCUUUAAUUCCGAUCGGUAAUUCUUUAUCAUCGUUUCCCUGUGUACUUGUUGUUAGUUUUAUUUUUCUGUGCUUCACAAUUCAGCUUUCAGUAAGAAAAAUGUUUGUGUAGCAGACAGCUCGCAGUUUUUACAUUUUGUCUUGUUGGUGUGACGAUCUGCUGGUUACUUUGCAGUGUGCGCAAUACGUAAUUAGCAGAACAAGUGCCUAAUUUGAGUUUCAUUAUUCUGACUUGAA